AUGAAUUCCCAGGUGCAGCAGAACUACCACGUGGACUGUGAGGCUGCUGUUAACCACAUGGUGAACCUGGAGCUCCAUGCCAGUUACGUCUAUCUUUCCAUGGUACCUGCUUGCUUUUUCAUCUCUCUUGCGCUUUGAGGGAGCAUCACCAGAGAGAAGCCCUUUUGCCUUAUGAAUGUCAAAUGGCCUCGUGUGUGCCUUUGCAGGGGGCUGAGAGUUGUGUCACCCAAGUCUGUUUUAAGUGAACAUUUAAUGGGGCUGGUGCCAAAACCACCACUCAACAGUGGCUGGUGCUUGGUGGGGUGGAAAGCAGAGAGGUCAGCAGCAGGUGGCGCUAGAGCGAAUUUUAAGCAAAGCCAACAAACACUAGUUUUGUCCCUACCCUCCUCCCUGUUGAGUUCUACAAGGGCAAGAGUGAGACUAAGACUAAGGAGGAGGAGGAAGCUGGCAAGCAGUGCCACACCCUGGACUGGUUCCAUGUCAGAAGGCAGGAAGGUGUGGGUAGUCUGAGAGCAGACCGAAGUUGGCGUGGCAGUGCUGCAUUCGCCCCAUGGACCAGCCUCCACUGGCAUGACAGCUGGUUGGACCUGGUCACACAGGAAGGCACAGAAGAGAGCCUGCAGACAGGCAGUGAUUACCUGGAGCAACAAAGAUAUCUGAAAUCAGGGCCACUGUAGUCAUCAUGCAGCUACCCUCUCACUGGCAUUGCCUGUAAGCACAAGGUGGCAGGGGGCAUGUUGGGGGGGGGUCCAGCAAGAGUUGGGGAAUCUCUUCAACAUUGGUGUUGGCCCACCCUGAAAUCCAAACACAGUUUUUCCCAUUAACCAUAUUUGCAACUCCCAAAAUUUUAAGCAAAGCUACUGUUGGUCCCCAGUAUGACAAUUGUUGUUGUUGUUGUUGUUGUGUCCGACUUUUCGUGACCCCAUGGACCAGAGCACGCCAGGCACUCCUGUCUUCCACUGCCUCAGGCACUCCCAUUUCUUUAAGAACUUGCCAUAGUUUGCUGUGGUUGACACAGUCAAAGGCUUUUGCAUAGUCAAUGAAGCAGAAGUAGAUGUUUUUCUGGAACUCUCCAGCUUUCUCCAUAAUCCAGCGCAUGUUUGCAAUUUGGUCUCUGGUUCCUCUGCCUCUUCUAAAUCCAGCUUGCCCUUCUGGGAGUUCUCAGUCCACAUACUGCUUAAGCCUGCCUUGUAGAAUUUUAAGCAUAGCCUUGCUAGGUGUAUAACCUUGCUAGCGUGUAGUAUGGCAAUUAGUGUCCCCUAUUUCCUGUCACGGGUCAAGUCAAAGUGUAAAGGCUGAUGCAUUUUCCUGGGCUGCUUUAGCGUAACAGCCUUGUUAACAACAGGUGCAUCAUAAUAAAGACUGAACAGUUUUGCCAAUAUUGACAUUGAUUUAUAAUUCUUAAGAUUUUAAGAGACCGGCUGGAAUUGUCAGAAAAUUCUAACACUUGCCAAUGGAGUGUUCUCAGUGAAUGGUCAAAUUUCAUGCUCCCUUCUGUUUUAGCAGCAAAGAACUAAGAAAGCCGCCAGGCACCUUUGCCUAAACCUGAUCCACAGAUGGUUGAAACAGCAGCUAAAUUGCUGCAUAGUCUGCUUAAUUGUUGACUGGACUUUUCUGUUUUUCUCCCCCUCCCUGACCUCAGUCCUACUACUUCAGCCGUGAUGAUGUUGCCCUCAAGCAUGUAGCUACAUUCUUGAAAGAGGAAUCACUCAAGAAGAGGGGAUAUGCAGAGAUGUUAUUGAAAUACCAGAACAAGAGAGGGGGGUGCAUCGUUCUUCAUGACAUUCAGGUGUGUGGUGUCUGCUUUCUUGAUUACAGUAGCCAGCAAUUGAGGCAAACUAGUCCAUUCCCUGUGGUGCCACAAUCAGGGCAUCCGCCUCUGUUUGGUUUACCAGUGUCUGGAUGUCUAUCUAUAUGCUUGUAUCUUUUAUUUUAUUUUGCUUUUUAAAAUUAAAAAAUAGUCUUUUCACAUGGAAUAAACAUACUUUAAAAUACAAUAAACUAAAACAGUAUCAGCAAAUCUCUUGUUCCUUGGAAAAAGGUGUAACAGCAGCUUGAAGCUGGAACCACUACUUAGAACCCAUUCAUAAUGUAUUUUAAAGACUGUAAUCCACUAGGUCUUUCCAGAUGUUUCUGUGGGGCUGGGCAGGUUGUCUUGACUGAUGGUCACAUCUCAAAUGGGAGAUGGAUGGAUUCUAUAUGUUGUAAAAGGAUGAGGAACUUAUCUUGCCCUUGUCCUGGUUACAGACCACACCUGAGCACAUACCAUGAGUCUAUUGUCAGGCUUGUUGCAGAUCACCAAAAUCUAGCUAUUUCUAAAUGAGCGGCUACCAGCAACAGUGCCAACAUCGCCCAAUGAGAUAAAUGUUGAUUUGAUUCAUUUAUUAUUCCUAGCAAGGCUAACAAAGGCGUUGGAUUUAUAUUACAGAUUAAUCUGAUUUCUUCAAAGACUGCUGACCAAAAGCAGAACACCUUGUCACAGCACCACCAAAGAUGUAGGAUGUCUGUCUAUAUGCUUGCUGACACUCUCAAAGAACUCUGAUUGGAAAUUAGGGCAAGGAGUGUCUUGCUAACCCAAUUCUUCCUCGGCCUCUCCUUAACAGAAGCCGGAGCAGGAUGAGUGGCAGUCCAGCCUUGAAGCCUUCCAGAGUGCCCUGCGGCUGGAAGGAAACGUGAACCAAGGUCUCCUAGACUUACACAGGCUGGCUCUGGAGAAGGAGGAUCCUCAUGUAUGUCACCUGUGGUUAGUGAGCAAAAUAAAAAUAAAUAAAUGGGUAGACAUUUGGGGAGAAUGGAGAACCCUGAGAAGGCACUGAAAAGCUCAUUCUAGUCACCUGGUGCCCUCUGGAUUUUUGGAGUACAACUUCCACCAGCCUCCAGCCAGAAUUGCCAUGCAAGUCUGGGCUGAUGGGAGUUGCAGCCCAAACCAACUGGAGGGCACCGGGUGGGGGAAGGCUACGCUAGAAUCUCUAAACAAAACAUGUAGACCAGGAGCUGGCCCAACAUUCAGAGACAGGCAGCCCCCUUGGAAAGACCAUUUCAUAUUCUCAAAUAUUGGCUUGAGCCAAUGACAGCUCAGGCAGAAGCCUUUCCCAGCCACACUAUGAUAAUACACAAGAUCACUUUCAUGAGUGAACUUGGGCCCUGGGCCGUUGAGCAUUUAAAGCAGGUGCUUCACCCCUGAGCUAUGAGCCCUCUGCUCACAGCGCUCGUCUUAUCUAGUAUCAAAGCCUUUGAGCAUUCAAAGUCUCCUUUUUUUCUGAGCUAGCAGAUCCCAGAUGUGAUGAGGAUGAUCUGGGUUGGGACUCACCACCAGUGACUGUUUCAAAAGAAAAAGGAAUCGCAAGCCCUGAGCAAUUCUUCUCCCUCCCUUGCUUGCCUUCUCGGUGCAGCUGUGUCACUUUCUAAAGUCUCAGUUUUUGGAGGAACAAGUGAAGGCCAUCAAGCAGUUGGCAGACCAUCUAUCUAACUUGAGGCGCCUGAGAGUGCCCCAGGAUGGCUUGGGAGAGCACCUAUUUGACAAGCUCACCCUGGGGGCGUGCAGCUGA